CAUCUCCCGUCGUGCCCCGCGGCGGCCAUUCGCGCCGCUCGGCUCGGGCAGCUCGGAGGCCGCGGGCGAUGGCGCAGGCGGUGCUUGGCGCGGCGGGCCUGCACCUGGACGACCUGAACAAACUGCGGGUAUUGGAGCCGGCCUUGGGGCAGCAGACGGCCCAGCUGCGCGAGGAGUGCCGGGCCUUCCUCGACAAAAUAGCAGAAUUUCAAAAAAUUGUGGGUAGCUUAAUCGAACUUGUUGAUCGACUGGCAAAAGCUGCUGAGAGUGAGAAGAUGAAGGCUAUUGGUGCACGGAAUUUGCUCAAGUCCAUAGCAAAGCAGAGGGAAGCUCAGGAACAGCAACUUCAGGCAUUAAUAGCUGAGAAAAAGGUGCAGCUGGAAAGAUAUCGAAUAGAGUAUGAGACGCUGUGCAAAACUGAAGCAGACCAGAAUGAAUUCAUUGACCAAUUCAUCUUUCAGAAAUAGAGGAUUUUAAGAUAAUACCAAACUAACUUGGAAACCUGACCAUUCCAGAUGCUCGAGAGUUUCAAAAAUAUGAAACUUUUCACUGUGUGCAAAUGAAGAGAUGGUUUGUACCAAUGGAGGUUUCUUUUAAUUCAGUGUGAAUUACACUAAAUGUGGCAAUAAGGAGGGCUUUCCAACGGAUGUAAAGACUGUUCUGUCCUUGAUUUUAUAAAGUUUUAUACAGUCAGUAGUUCUAAUUCAAAUUAUAGUUGAAUUGAUGCUACUGUUGCAAUGUUAUAUCUCUCAUUUUUUCAACUGUACACUCGUUGAAAGAAAUCAGGAAAUAAAUUGUUUUCAGACUUCCUGGAUACAGCAGAAUUAGUUGCUUCUGCUCUGUUACUUUUGAGCUUAAGAGUUAACUGCUCCCUGACUAGUCCUUGUGCUUUUCCUGCCUGUAGUGUCUGUCAUGUCUGUAAAGACACAACACACAGGCAGCAGUGACUUAUGCCUAUGGUGACCAGAUUAUUUUUUCCAUAGAGUUAAGAAACGAAACCUAGACUUUUACGAUCAACAGAACAGAUCAAUUACAGGACCACAGAAAAGCAGAAACGAUUAACAGAACAGAUCAAUUACAGGACCACAGAAAAGCAGAAAGUACAGCAGGAUUAAGAACUUUAAGCUAUGCCUGAGGUAUGUCCAUACAGGCAGGAACAUUGGAGUAGAAUUCCUCCAUGACAUUAUUAGUGAUAGAACCACAAACUGAUGUUACAAACCAGUCUAAGUGGUGACACCAGCAGUGUAUAUAAACUAUGGAUACCAAUGUGAUGUUUAACACUGAACACCUAUGAUCUAAAACCAAGCCUCCUGCUGAAGUACAAACAAAUUCACUUACUGUUGGUCUUUAAGCAACCAAAUACAGCACACUGGCCUUUUCAGAGCCAGGGAGGGGUUACAUUUUAUGGCAGUCAAGUCCUGAAAUACAUGGGCAAUGCCUGAAAAGCCGCCUGGGUCACCUGUGAUCUCACAUAGGUCUCCAGGUUUGAUUCUUGCAGAUCAGAUGGAGAACUCAAACUCAAUCACACAAGCCUAGAAUUUCUGUCUGCAGUAUUUUAUGGCCAGGAACUUAAACAUCCAGUGCAUGUGUUUACUGUGUGAACUAUCUACGAUCAUAUGGGCACUUGAAGUUCCUUUUAGUCAUUCCCUUAAGAAGAUUUAAGUGCAGUUUAAUGCCUUUCAUUAUUUAUUUCCAUACUAGGUGUGAUUUCAUUGAAGAGAGAAAUGGACAAAUCCUUGUUUAGGACUCCUAACCACCUCACAAUCCUCUAAGAGGUACCCCCCACUGUCAAACAGUGCAAGCCUUCAGAAAUCUGGAUUUUGGCACAUUUAGCACUGAUCAGACGUUUACAACUAAUCAAAAUCAAAGCAGAGCAAAGGGAGGUGAAAAUUUAAAGGAAGGGCUGAGGAAGUUCAGUAUUAUUAGCUGAUCUGAAAUGCUUCAAACGCACGGCUUUGCAAUCUGUGUGUAAUCAGCUAGGGAUUUUGCAAAAUAUGUGUUUGGAAGACAAAAUUAGUUAAAUGGUUUUCUCAAUCAUCUUGGAAAAGGGGAACUUGAAAGAAAAGCAUCAGCUGUAGCUCCCCCCAUCACGCAGUUCCACAUGGAAUGGUCAGAGUUCAUUUUCCCAUUAUGGAGUUGUGGGCAGUGGGAGAUGAAGGAGGUCCCCUCACCCACAUGGAGUGCCGGCAUCUGCCAAAGCUGUUUCUGAAGGAGAAGCUUCUCCCUGGAAAGAAAGCUGUAAACUCAAACCCAUUCCAAUUGUUCUUGUCUCCGGGUGCUCUGGAGAUGGCUGCUGCGGCCAGGAACGCGAGGCAGGUGUUUGUCCUAGAGGAUUGCAUCAGCAUCAAAGCCAGCAGGAGUGCUGGGCUCACUUCCUUUUCCUUUUCUCCACGUGGCUAUAGUGGGGGUGGCAGAGCAUGGUAUAAAGGAUCAGCAGGGGUAUCAGCAAGUACGGUAUGUAGAUGCACA